AGCCCCGGGGCAGACAGGAAGUGGGCCAUACCGGGAAGGUCGCCCGGAGAGAGCCGGGCGGGGGGCACUCUCGCUGCUGUUACUACUCCGCCCACGCCAGUCCCCGGAGCAGCGCGCACGGCUUUCAGGCGGGACGCAAUAGGCGAAGGCUCUCGGGCGGCGCGGAAGGCGGCCCGCGGGCGACGAUGGUGCUGCGCCGGCUGCUUUUCGCCCUGCUGAACGACCCUCGGCUCCUGGACCGCCUGGCGGAGGCGCGGCCCAUCCGGGCGGCGGCGCGCCUCACGGCCGUGGCCCUCACCCGCGGACUGCGCCUGCGCGAAACCUUCCUGCGCGAGCUGAAGGAGGAAGCGGCGCGCGCAAAGGACACCGGCUGGUCCUCUCGCCCCCCCGGCCCGAAGAAGGGACGGAGCCCGUAAGGCCCCCCUCUUUUCUGGACGAACUGCGCAUGUGUGGAAAGGCGGGGCUUCCGGGCGGCGUCGUUUGGUCCCCUCCGGAGCGGAGACUGAGCCCCGAGCGACGGACCCUUCUCCCGACGGGGCAGGCUGAGCCCCUCCUCCCCCACGGGAGCUCCGGGCGGUCGCCGAGUUGGAGACGGCGCGGGGACCGGAGCCGCUGCCGAGGUGUCCCCUGCGGCGGCUGGAGGAGCCCCGGAGGGUCUUGGGCCCGGCGGAGAAGAGGUUUCUGCUCCGGAGAGAGGCGCUCAUAGGCGGGGCAACGAAUACCCCCUUCCCUUUUUCCGCAGUAGGACCGGACCCGAUGCUGAGCCCGAACCGGAGCUCUGCGCCGACAAGGACCAUUUGGGUUUGUUCCGGUGCUAGUUGCUCAGCCGCGGCGGGGGGUGGGGGAGCACAGCCAGUUACUUCGAUCGAAGUUUCACUGCACAGCUUCAACUGAUGCGAAGCAACGUUUUAUGGAUAGAACCGUUAGAUGAGCAGGAAGAAAAGAAGCAUUAAAGGACCUGGAGGAGCUCACGAAAUUUUGCCUGAAAAUUGCCUGAAUUGCAGGCUAAUUGCCUCUGUUCCUACGAUGUUUUUAAUUAUUAUUUCCUUAGUAAUAAAGUGAGACCUAAUCAAGUAAAUUGAAUUUGAUUAAGCCAUUAAAAAAAGACUCCACAAUGCCA